CCAUUUUUUUUUUCUUCAACAGGGGGAAGAAAGGGGACAAAAGCUAGACCACAAAAAAAAAACGUAUCUUCAGAUUCUGUGCGCCAAAAUCACAGAUCACAUUCAACUUUAGCCCACGUACUACGGCAUGCGCGGGGAGGGGAUGCUGCUCCGUUGAGCGGCGGUGGGAGCAGACGCAGUUCACCGACACACAGCUGCGGGCCGGUGAAAGUGGAGCACCGUGGCUCCGCCAGAAGAGGCACAGCGACUACUAACGUUAAUCUGUGCCGAAAAUAUAAACGAGGUUUUUGGUGAAUCAUGUAUCAGCUUCCAGUAGGAAGUGUAGAAAAAAUUCGAAAGGCUCGUAAAGCAGUGAAAAACAUCCUAAGUGAGAUUGGCCUGGAAGACUGUCAGAACUGGCUGAAGGACCUGAAUGAAAACCCAGAUGAGAAAGACUCGGGACAAGAGGAAGCAUUUCAGGGAACAGAAUGGAUUGAUAUCACCGAGGGAUUCAGUAUCCAAAAGCAAAAGAAGUGGCCUUAUCGGUCUCGACCUCUGUGCUGCACCCUCUGCAAGUACUCGUCACAAAACAUCUACAACUUCAGAAGCCACGUCUCUCGCUGCCAUGCAUAUGUUCAGUCAUACUGUGCACUGGCACCUUGCUCUCAAUGCCUCUUUAUCUCUCACCCCAAGAACGUUAAGAAGCACAUGCUCUACUUCCACACCAAACUGCCCGUCCCAAACAUGCAGCCACAGAAAGAAGGUGCGUUCACCCAUCGCUCAGCUGAGAGGUAUCAGUGUCGAAGGUGUGGAUUCCCAAGCUCCUCCAUCUUCGCGAUAAAGAAGCACGUCAUUCUCAAGCACCUGGAACACUUGGCAGAGCAGUACAUUGGUUACAGAUUGCACCAGCAGGCAACUACAGCCAUAAAAAUAUACUGCUGCAAGGUGUGCAAGGUGAACACUGGAACUCUAGACCAAAUGUUACACCACAUGCUGGUUGAACCGGCACACUAUUCAGUCAGCACGCAAGUGCAGACCCACAUCACGGAAAACAAGAACUACACCAUUAAACCAACUUCCAAUGGAAAUGGAUUGUUGGUCACAUUCCCAAAUAUUGCUCCCAAGCCACAGGCGCCUCAGAUAUUUCCCAAUAACUCCCUGGUUUUACCGAGUAACGGCCAACCUGCUGGGACUGUUGUAGCAGUGCAGCAGCUGCAAGGAAACACGAACAGUGCGACACUGAUCUGUGCUCCUGGAACUAACCAAGCUUUUCUGCCCCCACAAGCAUCAGCGCUAGUCCAGCUUGCUAGCGCCGAAGCUAAAGGUUUGCUUCAGCCAGGUGCCACAAUAGCCCUCCGAAGUGCUCUGCCCCAAGGGUCGUCUGUGGUCCAGCUUCCCACAGUGUCUAAUGUGACCAAUGUGUCUCUGAAGCAGGCGCCUGUAACCUUAUCUUCAGCUGUAGCGCAACCACAACGGGCUCCGCAAGGGCAGCAAAACCUUCUUACACCAGGACCUCAGGCUAGUCUGGCUCCUGGAGCUGCUCCUAAGCCUGCUGUGGCUGUGCAAAAUGCACCAAUAAACCACACUCCUCUACAAGGUACCAUGCUGACUUCACAGUCCCUGCUGAGUCACCUGAUCCCGACCGGGAACAGGAUGAAUGGGAUGCCCACGUACACGUUUGCUCCACUCGUCUCCCAGAGAACAUCCACCCCCCUUAAGCCUGUUGAGCAACUGAGUAACUUCGCAACACAAACCAAGAGGUGGAUCACCUGCCCCCUCUGCAAUGAACUUUUCCCAUCAAACGUCUUCGACAUGCACAUGGAGGCUGCCCACCAUACGAAAUCUACCCCUCCCAAGUCAGAAAGUGUUGCCGCCCGAGCAGCAUUCCUGAAGAAAAUGCCCGACAAAACCGUCAAAUGUCUAACGUGCAAAAUGCUGCUAACCGAAAAGAUCGUCUUCCAACAUUUGCUGCAUGGUCUCAAUUGUUUGUACUGCUCAGCUUUGUUCUUUUCAGUCAAACAGCUUGUAGAGCACGUAAAGCUGCACAAUCCAGCAAGCAAGGUGUAUUGUGACUUCCUUAGGCAGAAGUACAGGAUCUACUCCAAAGGUAAUGGUGGCAUCCUCUUUCCUCAUUUUGACGUGAACACCACUGCACCAAAGGAGGUCCUGGGAGAGACGGAGGUCAGCCUCGCCCUUGUCACAAGUUCUCUGGACCUGAUUUACUUCAAGUUGCAGGCCACCAACCAGCUGGACGUUUGCCCCUCACCCAUGAAAAUCCACAGCGCCUAUUGUCCCUUCUGCAACGAGAGGUUUCAGAAUCAGUCCGAUCACGUCGUACACUUAAAACAGAAACACUUUGUGGCGCCCACCAUUCAUGCCAUCUUGAAGACUGAGGCUUUCAAGUGCAUAUAUUGCAAUGGCGUGUACACGGGAAAGGUCACCCAGCAGGCUGUGAUGCUCCACAUCCAGCGGUGCCGGUGUUCUCCGAAACCACCGCCACCUCCUAAACCCACGCCUCGCGCAGCUGUGCUGCAGCAUCAACCACUAAAACCAGCUCAGCAGGUCGCUCAGCAGUCUGGACUCUACUUCCUUCAAGUGCCGCCGGGAAUGACGAUGACACGGCACUUAGCGCCAGCUCGUGUGAUUCGAGCUCCAGUCCCCGUGGAGCCGCCAGAAACUGAGGCGGAGCGACAGUUAAAGAGGAAGUUGGAGGCUGCGUUGAAGGAGGCAAUGGAGGCCAACAGGCGAGAGCGGGAAGAAAGGGCUGUCCUGCGCAAGAAGAGAGAGCAGGAGAGACGUGAGCGGGAGAAGGAGCUGCAGGAGAAGCAGGCAGCCCCACCAGAGCCAGAGAUCCAGAGCGACCCUUCGGUCAAGCUUUUGCUGGAACCGACUGCCGUGGAGCGGCGCUGCAACGAUGAGCGCCGAGAGUUCAUUUCCAAGUACUUCAAUGUGAACCCCUACACGACCAAACCGGAGACCGAGGAGCUGUGCAGAAGGCUGUCUGUAACCAAAGCAGAGCUGGCUGGGCAUUUCAGUAAGAAGCGCAGCAAGUGCAUGAAAAGCCUCAAGAGGAACACAGCCGCCAUCCUACUCGGCUUUAACAUGGCUGAGGUAAGCAAAGUGAAGCACAACCUCCUGAUCCCAGAGCCAGAGCCGCCGGCCGACACCGUGGAGUCGGAUGAAGCUGAAGAAUCAGAGGUGCUAACGACUGUGGAAGCAGCCAAGCAGGUGGAGGAGGAACUAGAACCGAUGGAUGUAAAUGAAGUAGAGAAAGUUCCAGGGGCAGAGCAGGAGGUACCGAUGGAGUGAGCUCAGAAAUGUUUGGACUAUGGCCUAGAAAUAAGCAAAUGAAGCAACGGUUUAUAUUCAAAACAAAAACUGCUAAUGACCUUUGUGUUUAGUCAUAGAAAGCUGUUCAUUUCAUCAUAUACCAGUGAUCCUGUAACCGAGGGCAGUUUGUUGAUGUAGCCUUCAGUAAUAGUGCUUUGUUUGACCUCAGUGUGCGAUCAGUGCUCCUUAUUCUACUUUCCACACAGAUGACGGGUUAUUGAUGCUUUUCUAAAACAUAACGAUGAUACUGAUGUAAUGAACAGUAUUUUCCUGGAUACAAACUGUCUUUGAACAUUUACCACAAACUUCCAACCCGAGUUCUCAGCUGCCUUUCACACCCUCCAUUUAAUCCCACUCAUUCAAACAGAUCCCUGAAUUACAAUGGCUCACAGUUAAUAUUGUUUAUCAGACUUUGCCUUAUUAAUUUGACAUUAUUUCUAUCGUUUCCACAGCUGCUUGUUUUGUAUUUUUCACAUUAUUUUAUGAUACUCGUGGUUUUUCACCAUCUUUUGCAGACCAAGUUCUCCAGAAUGUAUCUAUUUCCACCCUCUAAAUUUUAAGUUUGUUGUUUUACGUGAGCUCUUGUUUUUCUGUCCGAACGACUUGAUUUGUGCCAUUGUAAAGUCCACAUUUGCAAAGAUUAAACACAAUUUGCCAUACAUUGCUGGAUAAUCCUGUGCAUUGCUUUUGUUUUCCUGGCUGCUUUUUUUGUAUUAGUAUUUUCUAUAACUACUAGAGUAUGAAAACUGUUGGGUUAAAAAAGAUAUGUCUAAGGCCACUGUUGUGUAAAAACAAAAAUAAAAAAUAAACAUUCUUUUGAACAAUUUA